AUGGGUGUGGAGAAUAGUAGAGGAGGAGGGAGUGGUAAAGCGAUUUGUGAAGUAGGCUGGUACAUACUUGGGGAGAAUCAAGAGCAUGUUGGUCCAUAUGAAUUCUCAGAAUUACAAGUCAAGAAAUGGCAUUAUUACCUCCUGGGACCAUUCACGUGGGCAUUAAUUGUUUGGCGUUGUAGUCUGGUCUUCAGCUCUCUUGAUGAAAUUGCCAGCGUCUUAAUACAUCUUUUACCUGGGAUUGUUUACUUCACUAUUCGAUGGUGGGAUCCAGCAACCUUUGAAGCUAUGCAUCCGGAGGGAAGCAUGACUCAGAGAGCUUCAUGGCCGUAUGUGGAAGACAAGUCCUACCUCUGGACGUGGCUAUUUGUUGUUCCCUUGGUUGCGUGCACCUUAUGUCAAAUUCUCUAUUUUCUCAUUGUCAAUGUUCUGCGUCGUCAAAGGCUUUUAAUGAAUCCAGAAGUAAUGACUUCCUACAGAGAACUAUCGAAGGAAGCACAAAAAGAAAAUAAUAUGUGGUGGUGUCUGAGUGGAGUUCUAGAUGAUGAGAAUCGUAUGCUCAUGUAUACCCUGUUCCAAGCUGCAUUCACAGUUGCCACAAUGGCUUUAACUGUACCAAUAUUUCUGUCUUAAGAAUUGCAUGAUUUCCAAAUAUUCAAAGUUUCUGCAUUUAUAUGGAAUGGAGGAAGCUUUUUAUUAGAGGUGAUGCCCAGGCAAGUCAUAAUGAAGGAGAAGAAGAAACUUGAAAUGCUGCCAUUACCAGUCCAACCUGAUCAGCCUGCUACUGUCUCAACCGAAAUUCCCACAGAAACUAACGGCUUCACAGAGUCUGACAACCAGUCAGAACAACCUUGUAUAAAAGAAAAUGACUUGUAAAAUUUUGUUUUCGCUACUGCUAGAAAAGUUUAGUUAGUACACCUAUGACUGUUGAAAGCUGGUAUCUUGGGAUUUAGGAUUUUGAGGUGUGGAAAGUUUAGUUUUGAAGUCGAGCCUUAGAAUUCAAAUAACAGCAUAUCAAAUCUCUUUUAUAAUUUUUCCUGAACAUCUCUUUUACAAAAAAAUAAAUAAAAAAUCCUU